AGGACACAGUAAUCUGAGCUGCACUCUUCACCUCCUCCAGUAGAGGGCAGUAAAGCAACACUGAGGACUUCAGCUGCAGGAGAAGAAGGAGAAGGAAAGCUUUCAUUCCUGUCUGCUAUUCGUUUAGUUAAAACCUUGUCCUAUGGACCGUCUAGCAUCGUUUGGAAAUGAUCCUUUUGAUAAACCCCCAUGCAGAGGUUGCUCAUCUUAUCUGACUGAGCCUUACAUCAAGUGUGCAGAAUGUGGACCCUCACCUUUUCUACUCUGCCUCCAGUGUUUCACCAGGGGAUUUGAAUACAAGAAGCAUGAGAGUGAUCACAAAUAUGAAAUCAUGACGUCAGACUUCCCCGUGUUGGAGCCUGGGUGGACGGCACAGGAAGAGAUGUCCCUGUUGGAAGCAGUCAUGGACUGUGGCUUCGGGAACUGGCAGGAUGUGGCAUAUCAGAUGCGCACUAAAACCAAAGAGGAAUGCGAGAGCCAUUAUAUGAAGAAUUUCAUCAAUAACCCGCUCUUCUCCUCCACCUUGCUCAGCCUGCGGAAAACAAAAGACUCACGCUUUGCAGAGGGCGCUAUUCCUUUCAAACCCACUGAUGAUCCACCUCGGCCCACAUUUGACUCCGUGCUGUCUCGAGAUAUGGCUGGAUACAUGCCUGCCAGAGCGGACUUCAUGGAGGAGUUCGACAACUAUGCAGAAUGGGAUUUGAAAGACAUCGACUUUGUGGAUGAUGAUUCGGACAUCCUACGUGCACUCAAGCUUUCCGUUGUUGAUAUAUAUCAUUCAAGACUAAAGGAGAGACAGCGGAGGAAAAAGGUUAUCCGAGACCACGGACUGAUCAACCUGCGGAAAUUCCAGAUGCUGGAGCGAUGUUACCCAAAGGAGGUGCAGGAGCUGUAUGACGUCAUGAGACGAUUUGCCAGAGUGGCUGGACCGAUUGAACAUGACAAAUUCAUCGAAAGUCAUGCACUGGAGUUUGAGCUGAGGAGGGAGAUCCGCAGGCUGAAGGAGUACAGGAAGGCAGGGAUCAAGUCUUUCUGCAGUGCCAAGGUGUACGAGCGGGUGAAGCGAAUGCGGGAGGAGGAGCGGAGGAAGCGGACCAUGUUCUGCGACGUGAUGCAGUACAUCCAGGACGGCAGAGCCUGCCAGCAGUGGCUCAGCAAACAGGCUGCAAUAGAUGCUGGCAUCACUCCAGCUGUCACAACAAUCACAGUGUCAGCAACAGGUAGGCGGAGCGCCCCUCCUCUCAACUUGACUGGACUACCGGGGACAGAGAAACUCAACGAGCGGGAGAAAGAGUUAUGCCAGGUUGUGCGGCUGGUGCCGGGGGCCUACCUGGAAUACAAGCAGGCCUUGCUGAACGAGUGCAGGCGGCAGGGUGGACUGCGGCUGGCACAGGCCCGAGCACUGAUCAAGAUUGACGUCAACAAGACGCGCAAAAUCUAUGAUUUCCUAAUCAAGGAGGGCUACAUCACUAAAGCAUAGGAGCGUUUGAUUUCAACCACAGAGGAGAUUGAAUUGUGGUUAGUGGUUAAUUUUUUAACUAUUCUUGUUACAUCGUGAGCUUGUGUUUUGUAAGAGGUUCAGAUUGUUGCUGCUCCUUUUGAAAUUUUGUAACAUUUGUAAGGUCUGUUUGUGUUUAUAGAGUCUAAAAUGUAUUAAAAUGGCAAAUCUCUUUGUAUAAUUCACCUGUCAGAAGAACAGGGGCUCGUACUAAACUGAGGAUGUAUUUAUUUCUCCUGUCAUAAAAUGUUUGUGAAAAAAAACUA